AUGGCUCCCCCAAGCAUCACACUCUACGAUGUUCCCUCUGCGAUGCCAGAGCCAUGGGCCCCAAAUAUAUGGCGCAUUAGGUUCAUAUUAAACUAUAAACGUCUUCCAUACCGCACCGUUUGGAUUGAAUUUCACGACGUUGAACGUACCCUCCGAUCCAUCAAUGCCCCGCCGACAGGACAGCACCGGGAUGGCCGCCCAAUCUAUUCUUUGCCUGUGAUUGUAGACCCCUCACGAUCACCAGGAUACCAACCUAUCGUCCUCUCGCAGGCCAACGCCAUCGCCGAGUAUCUCGAGGCCACCUACCCCGCUCGCCCAGUCUUCCCCGACGGCUCGCGCGCGCUCCAGAUUGCCUUUGUCCACUUCCUCAACGACAUCGUUCUCAAACCACUUCUGCUGAUCAUGGUCCCCCUCAGCCAUUUUCGCCUCCCUGAGCGCAGCCAGGCCCAUUUUCAUGCUGGCUCGCAGCCGCCAAUGCCGGGACACUUAACGCCGGGCCCACAGCGCGAACAGGCUUGGCUUGCAGUGAAGGAGAAGUUCGAUUUUCUCGCUGUUAUCUUGGACAAGAACAGGGCACCCGAUGGGGAUGGCAUCGUCGCUAUGGGCCGUGAGCUCUCGUACGCGGAUUUUGCCAUGUGUUCGGUGUUGAUCUGGGUCGAGCGCGUAGCGCCCCAUGAUGGGUGGGCUAGGAUGAGACAGUGGGGCGGCGGGAGAUGGGCGCGCCUGUGGGAAAGGUGUAAGAAUUACAUGGAUGCAAUGUGAGGGGAUAGUCUGGGCGGGCCCAGCUGAUGCGUGUGGCGAGUUACUUCUAUUCUGCUCCAGGUUGACCAAAUUUCUUGAUAUGAGUAUUAAUUGAUCCAUAGACGCAUUUCUCAUUAUGUCCAUUCUAUGGAGUCCACCCGGUAAUAGUCCACCUUGUUUCUGUAGCAUGAUGUAUCCGUGUCCUUUACUAGUUAUCGCAGAUUUCUUUCUAUGCAGG